AUGGAUCAUCAUCAUCAUCCUCACCGGCGCGCGACCGUCUCCCUGCUCGUGCUGUCCCUGGGACUGCUCCUCGCGCACCGGGGGGGUUGCCAGCACUACUACCUCCUGCGCCCCAUCCCCAGCGACAGCCUCCCGCUGGUGGAGCUCAAAGAGGACCCGGACCCGGUCUUCGACCCCAAGGAGCGGGACCUGAACGAGACCGAGCUGAGGAGCAUCCUGGGGGACUUCGACCACCGGUUCCUGUCCGCGUUCCCGCCGCCCGCGGAGGACAAACCGGACAAACCGGACGAACCGGACGAGCUCGAGGGCUCGAGGCAGAUUCUGCCCAAAGAGAUCCGCGCGGUGGAUUUCGAGGUCCAGUUCGGGAGGAAGCUGAAGCCCAGCCGGAAGCUGAAGAGGAGGCUGCAGCAGUGGCUGUGGGCGUACUCCUUCUGCCCCGUGGCGCGCGCCUGGACCGACCUGGGCAGCCGCUUCUGGCCGCGGUUCGUGCGCGCGGGCAGCUGCCCGAGCAAGCGCUCGUGCUCCGUCCCGGAGGGGAUGCUGUGCAGGCCGGCCUCCUCCACCCACGUGACCGUGCUGAGGUGGAGGUGCGUGCCCCGGAAGGGCGGGCUGAAGUGCGCGUGGAUCCCCGUGCAGUACCCGGUCAUCACGGACUGCAAGUGCUCGUGCGCGAGCUAG